AAGGGGCGGGGCUUCAUGAACAGAGUGCCUAUUGGCUUGAGGUCCGGCGGGUUCUGCACGCUAAUUGGCCAGAGGGAGGUGGCGCUCUGGCACGCUUGCGCGGCGAGUAGAACGUGUGGCGGCGGCGGAGAUCGCGUCUCCUCUUUUGCUCUCAGUCCCGCUGCUGCUCCAGUGUGCGCUUGGCGCUUCCAUCCGUCCAGUCCACCGUCGGAAGCCUGUCGCCUGCGGGCUCCUCGUCGCGGCCACCUCUCCCCAGCGCCGACACCCAUCCUGACACCUCCAGUCCGGCCGGCCGCCCCACUCGCUGCCCUUCCAGCUCCACACAUGGCCUCCUCCGCGCAGAGCGGCGGCUCCUCCGGGGGACCCGCGGUCCCCACCGUGCAGCGAGGCAUCGUCAAGAUGGUCCUCUCUGGGUGUGCCAUCAUUGUCCGUGGGCAGCCUCGUGGCGGUCCUCCUCCUGAGAGGCAGAUCAACCUCAGCAACAUUCGUGCUGGAAAUCUUGCUCGGCGGGCAGCUGCCACGCAGCCAGAUGGGAAAGAUACACCGGAUGAGCCUUGGGCAUUCCCUGCUCGAGAAUUCCUUCGCAAGAAGCUGAUUGGGAAAGAAGUCUGUUUCACGAUAGAAAACAAGACUCCCCAGGGACGAGAGUAUGGGAUGAUCUACCUUGGAAAAGAUACUAAUGGGGAAAACAUUGCAGAGUCACUGGUUGCAGAAGGCUUGGCCACUCGGAGAGAAGGCAUGAGAGCCAACAACCCAGAGCAGAACCGGCUUUCAGAAUGUGAGGACCAAGCAAAAGCAUCGAAGAAAGGCAUGUGGAGUGAGGGGAAUGGUUCCCACACCAUCCGGGACCUCAAGUAUACCAUUGAAAACCCAAGGCAUUUUGUGGACUCUCACCACCAGAAGCCUGUCAAUGCUAUCAUCGAGCACGUUCGAGACGGCAGUGUGGUCCGGGCCCUGCUCCUCCCAGAUCACUACCUUGUUACAGUCAUGCUGUCUGGGAUUAAGUGCCCAACUUUUCGCCGAGAAGCAGAUGGUUGUGAAACACCAGAGCCUUUUGCUGCAGAAGCCAAGUUUUUCACGGAGUCGAGACUGCUUCAGAGAGAUGUUCAGAUCAUUCUGGAGAGCUGUCACAAUCAGAACAUUCUGGGUACCAUCCUUCAUCCAAAUGGUAACAUCACUGAGCUCCUCCUGAAGGAAGGCUUUGCACGCUGUGUGGACUGGUCAAUUGCAGUUUACACCCGGGGUGCAGACAAACUGAGGGCAGCCGAGAGGUUUGCCAAGGAGCGCAGGCUGAGAAUAUGGAGAGACUAUGUGGCUCCUACUGCUAAUUUGGACCAAAAGGACAAGCAGUUUGUUGCCAAGGUGAUGCAGGUUUUGAACGCUGAUGCCAUUGUUGUGAAGCUGAAUUCUGGAGUCUACAAGACCAUCCACCUGUCAAGCAUUCGACCACCAAGGUUGGAGGGAGACAAUGUACAGGAUAAGAACAAGAAACUGCGCCCCCUAUAUGACAUUCCCUACAUGUUUGAGGCCCGGGAAUUUCUUCGGAAAAAGCUCAUCGGGAAGAAGGUCAAUGUGACUGUGGACUACAUUAGACCAGCCAGCCCAGCCACAGAAACGGUGCCUGCCUUUUCGGAGCGUACCUGUGCCACUGUUACCAUUGGAGGAAUAAACAUUGCUGAGGCUCUUGUCAGCAAAGGUCUAGCCACAGUGAUCAGAUACCGGCAGGAUGAUGACCAGAGAUCCUCACACUAUGAUGAGCUGCUGGCUGCAGAGGCCCGAGCUAUUAAGAAUGGCAAAGGAUUGCACAGCAAGAAGGAAGUGCCCAUCCACCGAGUUGCUGACAUUUCUGGGGACACCCAGAAAGCAAAGCAGUUCCUGCCCUUCCUUCAGCGGGCAGGCCGUUCUGAGGCCGUGGUGGAAUAUGUCUUCAGUGGCUCUCGCCUCAAGCUCUAUUUGCCUAAGGAGACUUGCCUCAUCACCUUCCUGCUGGCAGGAAUUGAAUGUCCCAGAGGAGCACGAAACCUCCCAGGCUUGGUGCAGGAAGGAGAGCCAUUCAGUGAGGAAGCCACACUUUUCACCAGGGAGCUAGUGCUACAGCGAGAGGUGGAGGUGGAGGUGGAGAGCAUGGAUAAAGCUGGCAACUUCAUCGGCUGGCUGCACAUGGAUGGGGCUAACCUGUCCGUCUUGCUGGUGGAACAAGCGCUUUCCAAGGUCCACUUCACUGCCGAGCGCAGCACCUACUACAAGCCCCUCCUAUCUGCUGAGGAGGCCGCCAAGCAGAGGAAGGAGAAGAUCUGGGCCCACUAUGAGGAGCAGCCUGUGGAGGAGGCACUGCCUGUGCUGGAGGAGAAGGAGCGCUCUGCCAGCUACAAGCCCGUGUUUGUGACCGAGAUCACAGAUGACCUGCACUUUUACGUGCAGGACGUGGAGACUGGCACCCAGCUGGAAAAGCUGAUGGAGAACAUGCGCAGUGACAUCUCCAGCCACCCCCCUGUCGAGGGCUCCUACGCCCCCCGCCGGGGAGAGUUCUGCAUUGCCAAAUUUGUAGAUGGAGAAUGGUACCGUGCCCGGGUAGAGAAAGUGGAGUCCCCUGCCAAAGUCCACGUCUUCUACAUUGACUACGGCAAUAGAGAGAUCCUGCCAUCUUCCCGCCUGGGUACCCUACCUCCUGCCUUCAGCACUCGUGUGUUGCCAGCUCAAGCCACAGAGUAUGCCUUCGCCUUCAUCCAGGUGCCCCAAGAUGAGGAUGCUCGCACAGAUGCUGUGGACAGCGUGGUGCGGGACAUUCAGAACACUCAGUGCCUGCUCAAUGUGGAGCACCUGAGCGCCAGCUGCCCCCAUGUCACUCUGCAAUUUGCGGACUCCAAAGGCGACGUGGGGCUGGGCCUAGUGAAGGAGGGACUCGUCAUGGUGGAGGUGCGCAAGGAGAAACAGUUCCAGAAAGUGAUCACAGAAUAUCUGAAUGCCCAGGAGUCAGCCAAGAGUGCCAGGCUGAACCUGUGGCGCUACGGAGACUUCCGAGCUGAUGAUGCCGAUGAGUUUGGCUACAGCCGCUAAGGAGAACUGUGCCUGGCCCCCAGCACCGCUGAUGCCAGACCCUUUCCCUCUGCCAGGAGGCGGUUUUCAAUGUCAGACCUGGUUGGGGGAGCAUAGAUUGGGUCCAGCUUUGCUUCAGUGUACAGAAGCCUCCUGUGUGGCGGGUAGCAUUGGAGCUGUGGGCAAGGAGCCCAGGCUUGCGGGGGCAGACCAUCAUAGUGGCACUGCCGUCCACAGUCUCUCCCGGAUGAUUUUGUAUUUUUAUUUGGGGAUUUGUGGGAUUUUUUUUUUUUUUUUAAACUGUCUUCAAAUCAGGAAAGAACCAUGAAAGACUUUGUCUUAGCGAAGGGGAUAAUCGUGACACCUGAGGCAGCAAUCAGCUGGCACCCACCUCUACCCCAGGCCACCCUUCUUCCCAAACUGUCCAAGUGUUGAUUAUGUGACUUCUAAAAUGUCGGUGUGUCCACAUCUGCCCCCUCACCAGCCUGUUCUGUAUUUAAAGCUUCUGAGACCCAAUAAAAUAGAACCUGCUGUCUGCAAAGCAA